GUCAGUGCGCUCUCGCAAGCACAGCAGGAGACACAGAAGAACAAUGAGCUCUUGAACACAGAGAGGUCUCUAAGAAAGAACGCAGAGGAGCAAUGCAAGAAUCUGCAGGCUGACCUGGGCAGGUGCAGAAAAGAACUCGAGUCCGGCAUUCAGGAUAGGAAAGUGGAACUACAAGCUCGACAAGAAGCAGAGCUCAGGUCCAGGACGGCGGAAGAUUCCUGCAUCACAUUGCGGAAUGAAAUGCUUGGCUUAGAGGCUCAAGUUCGAGAGCUUCGGUCACAACUAGAAAGCAAAGGCUCUGCAUCCGAGAAUUUGCGCCGGCAAGUAGAAAGCUUGCAGGCGGCAGAGGACAGCUGGGCUCAAGAGCGAACAAGCCUUCAAGCACAAGUGACCUCGCAAUCUUCUGGGAUCAAGUCGAACAGCAUGGAGAUCGAAUCUCUCCAGCAGAAGCUUAUCAGCGCUCAGCAGCAAAUUGAAGGUGGCAACCAGGAGCGAGAAGUCCUCCAAAGGCAGCUGGAUCAAACAAAGCAGGAGCAAGC